AUGGAGUCCCUCUUCCCUGCCCCAUUCUGGGAGGUCUUGUAUGGCAGCCACUUUCAAGGCAACCUGUCUCUCCUAAAUGAGACUGUACCCCACCACCUGCUGCUCAAUUCUAGCCACAGCGCCUUCCUGCCCCUUGGACUCAAGGUCACCAUCGUGGGGCUCUACUUGGCUGUGUGCAUCGGGGGGCUGCUGGGGAACUGCCUCGUCAUGUAUGUCAUCCUCAGGCAUACCAAGAUGAAGACAGCUACCAACAUUUAUAUAUUUAAUCUGGCACUGGCUGAUACCCUGGUCUUGCUGACACUGCCCUUCCAGGGCACAGAUAUCCUAUUGGGCUUCUGGCCAUUUGGGAAUGCACUAUGCAAGACUGUCAUUGCUAUUGAUUACUACAACAUGUUCACCAGCACUUUCACCCUGACUGCCAUGAGUGUAGACCGCUACGUGGCCAUCUGCCACCCAAUUCGUGCUCUUGAUGUUCGGACGUCCAGCAAAGCCCAGGCUGUUAAUGUGGCCAUAUGGGCCCUGGCCUCUGUGGUUGGUGUUCCUGUUGCCGUCAUGGGCUCAGCACAAGUAGAGGAUGAAGAGAUCGAAUGCCUGGUGGAGAUCCCUGCCCCUCAGGACUACUGGGGCCCUGUGUUUGCCAUCUGCAUCUUCCUUUUUUCCUUCAUCAUCCCUGUGCUGAUCAUCUCUGUCUGCUACAGCCUCAUGAUUCGGCGGCUCCGGGGCGUCCGUCUGCUUUCAGGCUCCCGAGAGAAGGACCGGAACCUGCGUCGUAUCACACGGCUGGUGCUGGUGGUGGUGGCUGUGUUUGUGGGCUGCUGGACACCUGUUCAAGUCUUUGUGCUGGUACAAGGACUGGGUGUUCAGCCAGGCAGUGAGACUGCAGUAGCCAUCCUGCGCUUCUGCACAGCCCUGGGCUAUGUCAACAGCUGUCUCAACCCCAUUCUCUAUGCUUUCCUGGAUGAGAACUUCAAGGCUUGCUUUAGAAAGUUCUGUUGUGCUUCAGCCUUGCACCGGGAGAUGCAGGUGUCUGAUCGUGUGCGCAGCAUUGCCAAAGAUGUGGGCUUUGCUUGCAAGACUUCUGAGACAGUACCACGGCCGGCAUGACUAGGCGUGGACCUGCCCAUGGUGCCUGUCAGCCCACAGAGCCCAUCUACACCCAACACGGAACUUACACAGGUCACUGCUCUCUAGGUUGACCCUGAGCCUUGAGCAUCUGGGGCCUUGAAUGGCUUUUCUUUUGCUCAGGGUGCUUAGAAACCUAGAGGAAGACCUUAUAACACCAUGGGACAGGUCAAAGUGUCAAGGUGGCCUCUAUGACUUCUGAUCGUGUGCGCAGCAUUGCCAAAGAUGUGGGCUUUGCUUGCAAGACUUCUGAGACAGUAUAGGCUCCCCACUCUGGUGUGACGCUGUACAGAAAUAUCUAGAACACAGUGGACAUGCCUGGAGAACCUACAUAGGUAUUCAUGCUUCACGUGACUCUUCUCUGGCCUCUCCCUGCUACCCUGCUCUGGGUGAGCUCAGCCUGAGGUAUUUCAGUGACCAUGCAGUCAU